CCCUCACCGGCACUGUCGUCUCCGACUCGGGAAUCGUCGUCUCCGGCUCGGGAAUCAUCUUCUCCGACUCGGGAAUCGUCGUCUCCGGCUCGGGAAUCAUCUUCUCCGACUCGGGAAUCGAAGUCUCCGGCUCGGGAAUCAUCUUCUCCGGCUCGCUAAUCGUCUUCUCCGGCUCGCUAAUCAUCUUCUCCGGCUAUCUAAUCAUCAGCGUCACACUCUCUACUCUCAAAAUCGGAUAGAAACAAGAUGGGAGAUUCAGUACCUCUAAAACUAGCACUGCCAGAGCUGAAGUAUCCUAUUGGUUCACAGCCAAAAGAAAAGUCAGCAAUCAACCAAUACUCUGGUUCAGAUUAUAUCUCUAUUGUCAAAAGCAUCCUAAAACCAGAUGAGAUGAUAAGAGUCCGAGGAUCAUUUCUGGGACCUGUAAUGAAGCUCAGUGAGAGAGGAUUGAAGUUAUCAGCAAAGAUAGUCUACGCCAUUCUCACUAGAAGCAUCGUUUCUGUCAAGGAGAAUGAAGCCUGGUUCCAUUUCGGUGCGCAGCCAAUGAGGUUCUCUAUAAGAGAAUUUCAUAUGAUGACAGGCUUGAAAUGUAGUGGUGCAUUAGAAGGACCACGAAGGGAAACCGAGAGAUUUAAUUGGGAAUUGCUAAAGGGGCGUAGUCAUAAGUUAAGUGACGUGGUGGACCAGCUCAGAAACACAAGAGAAGAUGCUUCUGAGGAGAGAAUAUGCCUCGCAAUGCUCAUCCUGGUAGAGAGCAUAUUAUUGCGGAAGAGCAAAGGAGGGAGUUUUCCUUUGGAAUAUGCGAAAAAUGCACAGGAUAUGACAUAUCCAUGGGGAAAAGAGGCUUACAUUGUGCUCCUGAAGUCAAUUCAAAACGCUGUCGCGAAUCAUUUGGAGAAUAAAUCCAAAUUUGAGUUGCAAGGUUAUCCUCUAGUAUUCCUUCUUUGGAUACUAGAGUCGAUUCCUUUGCUAAGGAAUAAGUUCAGUAAGUGUGUACCAACAGUUGAGGUUCCUGGGCCGACUUACUUGUGUGAAAAAUACACUGAGAUAGAGAAUCCAUCACUUGAUAGGGUUUUACAGGUUGAAGCUGAUACAAAGCUGAAGGUCCAUUGCAUACUACCUUCUAUUCCUCAUGAUCCAGAAGAUGAUAUCUCCAUUGAAGACAAAUAUAGUGACGAGUUGGAAACAGUGAAAGAUGUAACAAAGAAAGGGUACAAGAUUACAGCCGAUGACUGGGAAAAUAGGUGUGUAGACACAUUUGACACAUUGGAUGCUCUUAUUCAAAUGAUGGCAAAUAAGGAGACUGGCCAAGCUUCUACUCCGAUUGAUGAGGAUUCAGUAAAUGAAAAAGUGAACAGGAUCAUCACGGUAAUGGAGGAGAAUCUGAAGAGCAUGAAGGAUCGAAUGUCAUUACUGGAAGAAGAAAACAUACAUCUUAGAGCUCGUGUGUCAGAGUUGGAAGGAAACAGCAAUGUUUUUCCCACUAACGUGACACAAAAGCGAUCCAGUGGGACACCUUUAUCUCCAAUGUCUCACACGCAACCAUCGAGUGAGACACCUUUAUCUCCAAUGUCUCAACAGCCUAAUUUGACACAUGAGGAGACAAUGAUUGAAUCAGCUGCAUCUCCAAAGUCUCAACAAAAUGAGGAUUACACGCAAUCAUCGAGUGAGACGCCUUUAUCUCCAAUGUCUCAACAGCCUAAUUUGACAAAUGAGGACACAAUGAAUGAAUCAGAUGAUGAAACUCCUGCCCUUGAUACUCAAGUAUUCUCUCCUAAUCUGACAAAAGAGAAAGAAACAGAAACGUCUACCGGUGAGAGGCCAUCCAAUCCUAAUCAAGAUGGAAAACCAGAUGAUGAGAUUGUGAGAGAGAAAUUAACAAGUGAGUCACCUGCUAGUCAGAGUCAAGUUUUGCAGAAAGAAACAGUAGAAAUGAAUGAGACACCUUCUUCUCCAAUAGCUCCAAAGAGUAUUGAAACUCCCGUUUAUACUCCAAGUCAGACUCAGCAGAUUGAGAGAGAGCCAUCGGAUGACACGCCUGCCCUUGAUACUCAAGUUUUUACUCCUAAUCUGACAAAAGAGAGGGAAACACAAACCUCUACUGAUGAAACGCCACCCAAAACUAAUCAAGGAGAAGGAAAACCAGAUGAUGAGAUUGUGAUUGAGUCACCUGCUGCUCAGACUCAAGUUUUGCAAAAAGAAACACUGGAAAUGAAUGAGACACCUUCUUCUCCAAUAUCUCCAAAGAGUAUUGAGGCUCAAGUUUUUACUCCAAUUCAGAAACAGCAGACGGUAACAGAGGAAACGUAUGAGGCUACACAGCCAUUGACUGAGAUCAUUUCAGCAAACAAUAAAAAGGAGGAUACACAUGCUGUGCAUUACAGACCUUCCUCUCCAUUGUCUUCACUAAUUGCACUAGUUAUUGAAGAAAAUAAGAAUGCUUUGAGUGAGACAGAAACUGCGACCCAAUAUUUUUCUACAAGUGAAGGAGAGCAUUCACAAUCAAGCAGAAAGAAUCAAGCGGAAGAAUAUCUCAAGGAUACUACAGAACCUACUACUGAGCUAGUUUCCACAGAUGUUUCGAAGACACAGCCUCUUACUCCGCAAACACAGCACCUUCAGACAAGUGAGGGAGAUCAAUCCGAUGAGACACCAUCAGAGCAGAAUCAAGCAGAAGAAAAUCUCAAGGAUACUACAGAACCUACUACUGAGCUAGUUUCCACAUAUGUUUCGAAGAUGCCGCCUAUUACUCAGCAAACAGAGCAUCUUCAGACAAGUGCUAUAGAUUUUUCAGAAAAAAACGAGGUUGAAGUAAGCAGGCUUCUAGCUCACUUUCAAAUAGGCGCAGAGGUUGAAAUUUUGUCUACUGAUGACGAAAUAUGGUAUCCAGGAAAGGUUGUUGAUCUUAAACUGUGUGAAGGACUAGAGGAGCUGACAGUUGAGUACACGACACUCUUCACAGACCAACAUAGACUUCAGAAACUUCAGGAUACUAUCACGGCUGACAAAAUACGUCCUGCAACACCAACUAGUGACCAAAAAUCCUUUGAGAUGAUGGAUAAGGUAGAAGCCUUCUACAACAAUGGCUGGAGCAGCGGACAAAUUAGCAUGGUACUUGGUGAUAACACAUACUCGGUGUGUCUCUAUACUUCUAUGGAAACUAUUCUAUUCAAACAUUCAGAUUUGCGAAUUCAUAGAGAAUGGAAAGAUGGAGUCUGGAAGAUGGCAGAUAAGGUGAAGCCUGAUAAGAAAAGGAAAGCUGCUGCCUCAUCACAAAAUUCAGGAAUGGAUAAUGUUUUCCUAAGAAGGAGCGAGAGGGUGCCUAAACGAUCUAGAGACACAAAAACUCCAUUCAAGUCUGACAGAAAUCCGGCUUUAACUGUAAUACCUGAGAUUAUACCUGCAGUUGAUCCGUUUUCAACUCCUGCGGAACAUAAGCUUUCAAGGCUUCAAAAUUGGAUGACAUUAAAGCCCGGCAUGCAUGAAACGUCCCUAUCAAUCAAUGAUAAUAAGAUAAGGAAAUCUUUCUUUCAAAGCAUGGAAAAUGCAAAAAAGGACCUUAAGAAAGAGCACAUUGAUGGAGCCUUUGCAAUGCUAAAUUGCAGAAGAAAUGAGAAUGCUGCUUGGUUCCACAACUACAAGAUUCCAAAGGCGUGCUUCCUACCUAUGGAGUUCUUGCAUUGCUUGCUCUCUGAUGAUUUGGCUUACAAGAAAGAAAAGGUCAAAGGUAAAAAGAUUUUCAACGAUUUAUUUAAAGAUACUGUGAGAGGGAAGGUAUAUCCAGAGAAGACAUGGGGAGAAGAUGUUGAUGUUGUGUAUGGGAUUACUCUUGGAAAAAAAAGCAAUGUCUGGAUUGGGAUGGAAAUUCAUUUGAAGAAGAAAAGAAUCACAGUAUAUGAUUGUUUUCAAAAGGAAAGCAACAGCAUUGAUAUUCCUCAAGUGAAAAAGUUGGCAGUGUUGAUUUCUAAUCUGCUGGUGGAAUCUUCUGGUGAUGAGGUAGAUAAGGUGAAGAUGAUUCCAUUUGAGAUUGAGCAGGCACAAGGUUUACCCAAGACAAAACAUCCUUUCAACUGUGGGAUAUUUCUUGUCAAGAUUCUGGAGUGCCAGUCAUUGAAGAUAGGAGACAUGACAAAGAUUAAUGAUGACAAUGCAUUGGAGCUAAGGAGAACCUUGUCUUGUGAGAUCUUCAACCAAUUUGUGGAUGAGAGCUUUGGGAAAUGAGAAUGAUGCAUGAAAACAUUUUUUGUUUUAGUUAAGACUCGGUUUUAGUUAUGACUGUUUAUUUUGUUAUGUUGUUGGCGUCUGGUUACAUAAGAAAGAUUGGAAGGAUAUCAAGUAUUU